AUGGACGAGGCACAAAUCUGGAAGCGCAAACUCCAAAACCGUAACGCGCAAAGACGUUGUAGAAGCAGAAAGAAGGGAAACGACAGGGCUUUCUUCCACUCACACUACAUGAAGGAAACUCCCGGAAAUGCCAACAUCGAACCCCCCGCAAUUACAACAAGUAGCUGGAGUCUACCAGACACACUACCAACCACUACGAUACCAGAACCCCAGACUUUCUUUAAUGGCAUAGACUUCAGCGAUCUGUCCGUUUCCAACGGAUCUGAAGAUCCCUUCACUGAAGUUUUAGGAAGUUCCGUGUUCGGAAUUGUGCCAACACCAACACCGAUGUUAUCUUUAAGCAAUGAUAUCGCUGCUAAGAAUGGAGGGAGAUGUAAUCAUACCGCUGACUGCCAAUUCGAUCAAGGCGGUCUCAUGUUCAUGAGUCCGACGAUUUUCUCGAAUAACGAAGGUCAGAGUUCCAAAUCGACCGAAGCCCUUUUAUCGCCAAUCAGUAUAAAUUCGUCUAUGGAGACCUCAAACAACACGAACUCGGGUGCUGAAAACGCUGGCUUAGGAGCUAUCUCGAGUCAUUUACCAGUGAAUAGUGCUUCUUCCAACCAUCAAUGUCAAGGCAAACGCGAAAACAACUCGCAUAAAAGCACCCGCUUUGCACAUAGAAUGAAGGAUAAUCAACAACCUUGUAUGAAACAAACCAGCUCGGGCAAUGGAAACAGGAAGAAAGAUAUAAAAUGCUGCGUAGCGCAUAAGGCUGAAAUGAUGAUCUCAGAUGUGCAAGAGCUCUGCAAGUUUGGACUUCGCUUUGGGCUUUUGGUGACGGAAGACAACGAGCUUCGCGACUGCCUAAGUUUCCUAAGAGGAAAAUUACGUGAGAUGUCGCGAUGCUCAAAUAAAAGUGUACAUUACUCAAGCUCAAGUGAUGAAGAUAUAGAUUAG